ACUAAUUAUCCCCAUAUGUUUAGUAAAUAUGACGCGUCACGAUUAAUCGAAAUUUUCCAUUAAUACUGGGACUUCAAUUGGCGUGUUCAAAGUGCGCGAACGUGUUUCCCAUACUCGAAUAUUAUGGCACUGGUCUAAAAACAUACUGAUGUCACAAAACGAAUAAAUUAAUUCAAGUUUAGUUGUUGUUGAAUGGCGCUAAGGCGGUUCUGAGUAAACAGCGUCAAGCGUUCCCAAAAUAGAACUUCUCUCAAUCGGCACGCAUGGGAGAGCUGAUUAACUCGCGAAUUCGCAGAGUAUUGAUUUCCAUGUUUGUGAUAUGUUUUCGCCUUGCUCAGUUUGAUUCGGUCCACACUUGGAAUCGGGUGCUUCUGUGGCUUGAGCUGGCUGCUUCGAUCGAGUGGAAUCUUAGUUCGUUGAAGGGAGUUGAUCAUGGCUCAGCUUCAAUCAGAUCCAGUAUCCACUGAACCGAAGAUAAAUUUCAAAGAGCUAAAGGAGAAUCUGGAUACAAAGCGGGACUCACUUGUGAAAGAAUACAACAGGAUUGUACUGCGCCCAAUAAUAUGGAAUACACUAGCCAAUUUUAAGAUAUGCAUACUGAACAAGUCUUUUGGUCCACUAUUGGAAGCGUUGGAAACACAUUUUCUUAAAAUAAACAUCAAAGAUUCGGAUUCGGAAAACAAAGAAAAAAAACCCAUGCGCAAGGAAGCAGCUACAUAUCUUAAGUCGAAAGCUGACGAUAAAGAAAAAAAGCUGCAGGACAUCGAAAACAGCUUUAUUGAAUGUCUGAAAAAUAUACCACUGCCAAGUGAAUGGAAAAUGGAUUUUGAUGAUCCAACUUGGAAGCAGCAAGCACAGACGAAUGCCGAAAAAUUGGUUUCCGAUGGCAUAGAGCUUCUCAAGAAAUGGCGUGUCAAUCCAGAAAUAAAUAUAGUGAACCAGCUUGUGAAGGAUAAAACUACGUUUUCAUUUCGGUCAAAAAUUUCCACGCCAAAAACGCGCCUGCAAAAUCUUGGAACACACCCUUCGCUAAUUAUAAUGCUGAGAAACUUUGAUUUGUUCGAACCAUUUCUGAAGAUUAUCCUGCAAAAGUAUGAAGUGGACGACGAAUAUGAAACGAGCGUCAAUGAGCCCAUACAGAGAGAUCUGGAUACUCCUCUCCACUACGCCGUGCGGAGCCUUAACAAAAGCUUUACCCAGUGGCUGCUGGAGCAAGAAGACAUCAAUACAAACUGUCUCAACAAGGACCAAACGACGCCGUUGGAACUAAUCCACAAGCAGUACGAUUCUGUCAAAAGACAGAUUCUGGACAAGAACAUUACCACGCAGCAACUUGAGGAAAUUAAACUAAAACUGGAGGAGUACAGGACGUUCAUACGAAUGCUGGUGGACAAAGGAGCAAAUUUUGAGCAUUCGCCCAAGAUUAACCCAAGUUUCAAGUAUAUUUCGAAAGUAACUGAACAAAAAGGCGGCCUACUCUUAGAUCAGUUGAAACAGAUGCAAAAGGAUGAUGAGGAAUUUCUGGAAGAGUGUUCUAAAAGGACCAAACCUUUAAGCGAUAUUGAGUUGUUGGAGUCUUUUCUUCGGCUUAAGGACCAGAUAAAGUUUGAGGAAAAGCUUCUCUCGUUAAGUGUAGAGGAAACGGAAUGCUUCGUGAAAAAGGUGAUCAAGUUUUGGCUACACACCGCUGUGAAGUUAAAUUUAAGCAAAAGCGUGGAGCUUAUUGUUAAAAAGUUUGGUAGCAAAAUCUUCCGAGUUAGAAGCCAAGAACCCGAAAGCAACGCUGCAGAAAAAAGAACAAAAACCAUCGAACUACAGCAUCGUGUCGAGCUAAAGGGUCUAUUGCGAAAGGUUUGUGACAGUACAAACACAGCUGUGCUGAAACUGCUUUUGAAAAAAAUGGAUAAAGAUAAGCUGCUCAUCAAUGACGAACCCAUACUGCUACUCACUCUGCAUCAUUGCGUGAAAUUGGAUGACAAAAACGAACGUAAGGCUGAUCUCGUGAAAUGUGCUAGAAUGAUGGCAGGCGAUGAAAGGAUCUCCAUUGCGAAGACGGAUGCUGAUGGGAACACUGCCCUUCACAUUGCGCUCAAAUAUGGUCUGGAGGAUAUUGCCAUGACAAUUUGUACGGAACGUACAACCGGAUUUCUGGGUGUUCGCAACAAAAAGGGCGAAACUCCCCUGGACUACGCGAAGCAUGCAUUCAUGAAAGAAUAUUUGGACAAGACCGUUAAAACAUUCAGCGGUAAAGAAAAGGAGUUCAAACUAGACUUCAACGGUUUAUGUCCAUACUAUUCGAAAAAAAUGCAACAUAAAACCAAACUUGAACAUAAGAAUCCAAAGAAUGACAAUAGGCAAACAUUAUCGACAAUUGGUUGCAUCAAGCGGAUUUCAAACUCCAGUAAACUGAAGCCACUCCUCAACCAUCCAGUGAUUAAAACCUAUGUUCAAAUCGAAUGGUUACGUUGGAGUAUUUUGCACGUUAUUAAUCUGUUCUGUACAUUGUUAACGGCAGUUGUCUUUAUUUGGUAUACAUUAGAAUACUUUUGCCAUGAAAACUACUCGAGUGCGUUAUACGUCUUGAGUUGGAUUGGAUGUUUAUUUAUUAUUAUACGAGAGUUAUUUCAGUGGGCUGUGUUUGGCAAUCGUUACUUUCGACAGCAUGAAAAUAUUUGCGACAUAGCUAAAAUUUUUCUUAUGUGCAUCAUUUUGAGCCUGAAUUCGAAUGAUGUCAGAUUCCUUAUAUUGCUUGCUGCACUGAGCGUCUUCUUAUUUGCAUAUGACAUUAUUUGCCUCGCAGGUGCAUUUUCGGACGAUAUCUUCUCCACUUACAGAUGGAUGCUGCUGGUGGUGGCUAAAAACUUUUUCCUAAGCAUCGUCGCUUUCUGUCCGAUCCUGUUGGCCUUCUUUUACAGCUUCUAUUUGGUUUAUAACAAUAUAGCGACUACUGAAAACGGCCAAAAAAACGGUAAUUUCAACACGUUCGAUACCGGCCUGAAUGCUGGGGUCAAAAUUCUAGUAAUGACCAUCGGAGAGCUGGAAGCGUCAUCGAUGAAAAUCGACCUUAUUAAGGUUUUCAUUUUCAUACCAUUUAUCUUGUGUGGUCCAAUGAUCAUUCAGAAUCUGAUGAACGGUCUAGCAGUAAGCGACAUCAGUGAAAUUCGGGGACCCAUUGUAUUCCGGUUGAAGUCGUUCCGUUACCGGUUAGCUAAGGCGCUGACCUGGAAUAAAAGUCCCGUGCGAGGUUCACGAAUAGACCAACAGCCCACGUGGCCUCCGUCCGCAGAGGUUAGGCCAGGGGUACCGACGCCGUCGUAUCCAGCCAGCAGAUCAACGAACGCCGCCGAUCAGGUGCUUUUCGGUCCGCAUGACCAACAACCGAUCGCGAACCUAAGACGUCCCACCACGCUCUUCUGCAGCAGCAGCCGGCCGGCCCAUCAUACCCACAAACACACAUACCAUUGCUACACCAGGCCAGGUUUAGGAGCCAUAUCGUCGAGUGAAUUUGGAGCGUUGACGUACCUGCAGUUGACAAGUAAGGACGAGAAUACCCCUCUGCCGGAUCCCUUCAUUGUGGGGAAGUCGGUUGAGAGAGCUGCUAAUGGACCUAUUGAAGGAGCUUCGACUCAAGCGCAAGGAACCCGGUACACGCUUAAGGUCAGAAACCCGGUUCAAGUUGACAAGUUGCUGAAGUUGACUACCCUUAUGGAUGAAACGGAGGUGGUUGUUCAGUUGCAUCCGAAUCUGAACGUGAGCCGUUGUGUCGUAUCCUGUUACGAGGCGAUCCGUAAGGAGGAGAAGGAUGUCCUGCGUGGUCUCAUCAGCCAAGGGGUCAUCCAAGUCCAACGGAUUACUCGAAGGAAGAACGGUAGGCCGGUGAAUACGUCCGCCUUGAUCCUAACAUUCAACAGGUGCAACUACCCGUCGCAAGUCAAAAUUGGUGUACUUCGAGUCUCUACCCGUCCAUAUUAUCCGAAUCCUCUUCUUUGUUACGGUUGCGUUCGCUAUGGUCAUCCUCGUGCACGUUGUCCUGGCCCGAAACGAUGCCUGAAUUGCUCUGCCGAGCAUGAGCUGUCGGAGGAUGCUGAAUGUGAAGCUGCUGCUCACUGCAUCAACUGCGGUGGACCCCAUCGUCCGAAUAAUCGACAAUGUCCGGUCUACAAGAAGGAGGUGGAUGUUAUCCGGAUGAAGGUGGAUAAGAACCUGACGUACCCCGAAGCCCGCAAGCGAAUUGAAUCAGGGUUAGAGAAUUACGCCGCAGCUGCAGCCCAGAAGACUGCCAACCGCAAGAAGCUGGAGGAACUCGAAAAGAAGAUGCAGGAGAAGGAUAACCAAAAAACGCAGCUGCUUGAGGCGAUGAAGAAAAAGGACGAGAAGAUCGAUAAGCUGUUGGCCCACAUCAGGAUGAUGACCACACGACAAACUCAACAGUCGCAAUCGCAGCAGAACACAUCAAUGCCGCCACCGCCUGCCCCGAUUCAACGAAGCCAAUCCGCCGGAAGGAAGCCUGCCGAGUCUCAGGUAGCCGGAACAUCAAUGCAGCUCAGGACCAGAUCGCCAACGUCAACGGACCCCCGUGACAGCAAGAAGAAGAAAAGGCACAACAGAAGUAACAACAGCUCGCCUGGACGCCAAAGCCCAGCGUUGAAGAAACCCGCAGAAGAAGAAGAUACAGCCGAUCAGGACUCCAUAGAAAUCGAUGAGGUGUUUGAGAUCGAAGAAACACCCGCUAACCAGCAUCUUCGAUAA